ACAAUGUCUGAAAAUAGUAAGACCUAGGACACGAUCCUAUACCUAUAUAUAUUUGGAAACGUACAGAUACAUUAGUUUUCUUAUUCAAAUAUGUCGUCCGUAGUACAAGGAAAAGUGGCCUUAAUUACCGGUAGUGCAGGUGGAAUAGGGUUUGCAUUCGCUCAGGAACUAUUACGAAACGGAGCUAAGGCAGUUGAAUUAGUGGAUGUCAACGCGGAUUUGCUUCAGAAAGCCAAAGAACAAAUUGCAAAAGAAUUUGGACCAGAUAAAGUAGAUUUCACAAAAGCAGAUGUUACUGACAAAAAUCAAUUGGAAGCUGCUUUCAAAAAAGCUAUUCAGGUAUUUAAUCAGUUGGACAUAGUCAUUAAUAAUGCAGGUAUUCUCGAUGAUGUUAACUACGAGAAAGAAAUACAAAUUAAUUGUGUAAGUUAUUUAAAUUCUGCCAAUACAUACUCAAUUUUACGCAGAAAAAAUUCCUACAGUAACCAUGUUUGAAAGAUUGUGUGGAUC